GGAGGCCAAUUUAACAAAUUUCUGAUAUGUGAUGCAGCCCACUCACAGUCAACUGCUAUGAUAUGGUUAACUGCCUUCCUCGUGUUGGCUGGUAAUCACAUGAGCGGGAUGUAAAUACUUCAUUUCAAUUCAUUCAUGAAAAAACAAAAACAAACAAGUUGUAUCAUUGCUAACCUGUUUUUUUAAUUUAAGGUAAUUAUGAAUGUUAUCAGACUAUCUUCAUCUGAGAGGAAGUACAUCAUAGACAGCAUAGAAGACGAUUUCAGAACUGAUGGGAGAUCAUGUGAAGAUUAUCGUCAGAUAGAGAUCGAAACAAGAAAUUUACCAAACACUAAUGGCUCAUCCAGAUGUAGAAUUGGUAAAACUGAAGUUUUAGUUGGCGUGAAGGCAGAAGUAGUGGAUGUAGAUCUUCAUAAUCCAACCAGAGGAAAAAUUAAUAUUGCAGUUGACUGCUCUGCAACAGCUUCGCCUCAGUUAGCAGGAAGGGGUAGUGAGACAAUCGAACAGGAGAUAUUGUCUGUCUUGAACCUUCUUUAUUCAUCUAUUGAUGCUUUAAACUUGACUGACCUUUGCAUUGUUAAAGGGGAAUCUUGCUGGCUGUUGAACAUUGAUGUGUUGUUUGUCGGGUGCGGGGGGAAUAUUUUUGAUGCAGCUUCAGUAGCGCUCAAAGCCGCACUUCACAGUACCACCAUGCCAAAUGUGUCAGUUUCGGGUGAAGGAAUUGAGAUGGAGCUGGAAAUAUCAGAUGACCCUUAUCAGGUGUGGAAACUGAGCACUGCAAUGUGUCCUAUCUGUGUGACUUUGUAUCAGGAGGGUGAAAGUUUUGCAGUGGAUGUAACCGAAGAAGAAAGUGAAUGCAGCGAGGGUUAUGUUCAUGUUGGAGUACUCCCUUCUGGAGAGGUAUCUGCUAUGGAGAAGUCAGGUGCUGGUAACAUGGACCCUACAGCACUUUUAGAGAUGAUUGAUGCUGCUGUGAGGAUCGGGAUGGAUAUUCAUAAACAGCUGGAUAGACAUUUACAUGCAGAAUCUACGACAGCUACACUGUAAAAUCUACUAGUGUAUCAGACUAUUUCUGCUGCAUUGUCAUAAUUGUAUUUUAACGUUUCUCAUCGUUUUUAUCCUUUAUUGACCAUUUUCAAAGUUAUUUAUAUAAUUUAUUUUACAA